AUGCCGGCUGCUGGGAGCCCAUCACUGAAGCGCAAGCGGGUCGUAGAAUCCUGCUCGGAGUGCUACCGCAGGAAGCAGAAGCCAGAAAUGUGCCAGCCAAAUGUACUUUCAAUGCCUCAAAGUAAGUGUCUUCCUAUGACUCUUUCCUUGUUCACCAAAUCCCUCCUUGCGGCUCUAACAAUUAUCCCUAGGGUGCCGCCGCCCGAAGGCAUUCGGCAUUCCAGUAUGACAACAAAUCAAUGGGGUCAGGAGCCAUCACCGUUACAGGAUGACCGGGUUAGCCCUCAUCUGGGCUCAAAUGCCCUAGGAUACUCAUCCGCCCCCGGUAGCAAUGCCUUUGUGGGCUUGCAACAGAUCCUCGGUAAUGCCGAAUUCGAUAGGAUUAAUUCGUCUCAAACUCCUGCUUCGAACCCCAGUGUCUCGCGACAUACUAACCAGGUCCUCCUUUCAAAAUUGCCACCGAGGCCAGUCCUUCAGACGCUUAUUGACUUAUUUUUUACUGAGGUAAAUUGGCAUUAUUUCAUCCUCGACAGAUUUUAUUUCGAUGACUUGUUUUCUCGUUGGCCCAUAAGCGAAGAACUGGAACCCGUGGGCUAUCUCAGCCUCGAUGAACUCUCACGAGAGUUAUGUUACUUUCCGGCUGUACUUUUCCAGGUUACCUGCUUGACAUUGCAAUUUCUACCAUCGGAGCAAAUAGAGACUGCUCGGGUAUCUGCCAAUGAUCUAGCUAAUUCACAAUCCUACAGCGACAUAGGCGAUCAGCUAUUAUCAAAUUUGGGCCGGCCAGGGGCUGCUCUGAGUGGGGUCCAGGCAGAGUUCCUAAGGGCCUCGUGCUUGAAAAAUGCGGGUAGAGGCACUGAAGCCUGGCACGCUUUAGGCAAUGCCAUCAGGCAAGCCCAGGAACUUGGACUACACCGUCAUCGGGAAAUUCGUCAGCGUGAGGAAGCCAGUAUUGAUAAGACUUUAUGUGAGUUCUGUUUGAUGGCUAUGAUCCUUGGUCGACCACGGAUGAUCCACAGAGAUGAUUGUGAUGCAAAGCCCCCUAUGGAAUGCAGUAUACCCAAGAACCCUUCCGUGGCAAUACCGAUGGCGGUGCGCUCCGACGAAAGUCCGGGCAUCAUACCAGUAUCAGCCUCUCUUUUCCAAUAUGCAAUCGCAUGUAAAGUUCAUGACAUGCGCGCCAUCAAAGUCGAUCGUCCCCAUCCUAAAACUUAUUCUACUGUCCAAAAGAUUCAUGAAGAUGUCGACUCAAUGAUGGAAGGCCUGCUACCUGCAAUUCGUCCCGACUGUCCGGACACAUCAUGGGACUUGGAGCUCCCUUACCUUCCUCAGCUGCGCGAGGAGUUGAAAGUCAUGGCGAACCUUUUCAUUGUCAACCUGCAUCGUCCACAUAUUAUCGCUAGCACCGAAAGCCGAAAAGCCGCUUUACAAGCUGCAAUUACUACACUUGAUUCACAGCUGCGCUCCUUUACGCAAACGAAUCCACAUCAAUACCGCUUAUUCGGCCUUGCGUUCUAUUUGGUUGAUGCAUCUUUCCUUCUAUCGAUCAUCAGUAUUCUCUAUCCACCGGAGAAUUCCGACGCCAGACAAAAUAUCGAAACCAGUCUCAGUCGGUCACUUGAUAGUCUCGCAGCUCUAAAAAUCCAUAAUCCAAUUGCUAAAGCAGGCUUUGAUGUUGUCCAACGCUGUUACAAAAAACUCAAAGAAGCAUUUCAAUUGAGAAGGGCUAAUGACGCUUCUGGGCCACACCCAGCUCUGCAUGGCUCUUCUACCACUCGAUUACAAAGUCUGAUGAGGGAUCUGCAGGAUCACAGCCUCGAGCCAUCGAUGGGCUCGCUGCUUGAUCCUGAUCAAUCGACCCAGACCCCCAACCUUGGGCUUCCCACGCCUCCGUUCUAUGGAUUGCAAGAUAGCUUUGAUUCGGGAUACUGGCUGGAACAACUGAAUCAGAUUCAGCCAUCUCUACUAUUUGAACAAGACCCCAACGGGAUGUGGGAAACCCUUUCGUUUGAUUGA